AUGGAUGAGAAAUGCAUUAUUCUGGAUGUUGGUGGACGCAUAUUCAAAACGCGACUCAAAACACUGAAUGCUGUUUCCGGAUCAUAUUUCAGCCAGGUGCUCAGUGCCAACAAUGGCCAUCCGCCCAGUUCGGACGGAUAUGUAUUCAUCGAUCGUGAUGCUGAUGCAUUUCCGACAAUACUGGGUUAUUUGCGCCAUGGAAUCAACUAUCCGCUUCCCGAUGAUGACUGUUAUAAGCUUAGCUGGAUUGCCUAUGAAGCCCAGUUUUACAAGCUUCCUGAAUUAGCGAAAUGUGCUGAAAGAGCUCGUCUCUACGCCAAUUUGAAUUUUGUGUCACCGAAAACAGCCCUCGCAAAAUCACACAGCUCAUUAGAGAGAUCCAAGAAUCGAGCAACAGCAACUGCAGCAGCACCAGUCUUAUCAAUACCGCCAAUGCCACCACCUCUACCACGAACGACCAGUAACAGUAGUUCACUUGUGAAGCGAUUGUCGAAAAGAUUAACGAAGAAGCACGAAAAGGAUGAAAUUGGAUUGCCAAAGCAGUUCAAACACGUUGUACACAUUGGCUGGGCAGAGGAUGGACAACGCAUUGUGAUCGAUCGUAGUGAAAGCGAACAGAAAACGCUAAAAUCUAUUGUGCGUGCUGUUUGUGCCGAAAUUUCUCAACAACCGGUAAUUUUGUACUAUCCAGAAAUAUUGGGAUACAUUGGUUUUGGGAUUUACAGAUUUACUCAGUUCUACGGCAGAUGGUGCAAAAAAGCAGUUCCGUUAAUUGUUCCGUCGGAAGGGUAA